ACCACGCAUCGCGCCGCCAUGGCCUUCCUCACGCCCGCCGUGCGCUGGCCCGACGCGCUGCCCGUCACGCUGCCCGACAGCGACGGCAUGCUGCGCUCGCUGCGCCCCUUCCUCGGCCCGCUCGGCGCACUGCCGGCGCCGCUGCUGCUGGCGCUCCUCUUCCUGCUGCCCGGCGCGCUGCUGCUGCUCCUGCGCCUCGGCCCCGCAGCGACGCCGCAGGCCGUGCCGGCGCCGCGCGUGCGCCGCACACCACAUCUGCUGCUCGCGGGGCCCUCGGGCGCCGGCAAGACGGCGCUGUGGCACGCCCUGGCGCACGACGGCGCCGCCGUGCCCAACUCGACGCCGUCGCAGGCGGCGUCGCGCUGCGAGGCGCGCAUCCACGGCCGCAACUCCCAGAUCGUCGAUGUGCCGGGACACGCGCGCCUGCGCCACCUGGCCGAGAAGGAGGUCGGCGAUGCCGAUGCGCUCGUCUUCUGCGUCGAUGCCGGUGCCGGCCGCCAGGGCGGCGAGGGCAUGCGCGAGGCUGCCGACCAACUUCACACGCUUCUCAGCUCGGCCAGCAAGCGGCGGAAGCCGCUGUCUCUGCUCGUCCUCUUCACGCGUGCCGACCUCUCGCCGCUUCUCGCCGCAGGCGCAUCCGACGCCAAGCGGAGGAAUGCCGCGCUGCAGCGUGCCACGACGCAGCUCGAGGCCGAGAUGACACGCCGGCGCACCGGCUUGGGCGUCAAUGCGCAGUCGGCUGCGGCAAAGGUGGGCGCGCUGCGCGCAGUCGCCGGCGGCGGCGGCGGAUUUCUUGCGCCGCUCUGGCGUGCUCUGGGUCUCGAGCGCUCGAGCGGCCCGGCGUCGCAGGAUGACGACGAGGGCGACGAGGAGGAGCGCGACUACGUGGCAUGGGCCGCGUCGGGCUCCGCAGCGGCAGCAGGCUUCAGCUUCGAGCGCCUCGAGCCGGCCGUCUGCACUGCGGGCGCCGCGCAGACGGCGCUGGCCAGCGUCGGCACGCAGCGCGGCUGGGCGCUCGACGAGGGCAUCGAGAUGACGCUCAAGGACGAGAAGCCGCUUGAGUGGGACGGCCUGCUCGAGCUGCGCGCAUGGUGCGCCGCCCUCUGACGUCUCGCAAUGCACGCGCAUGGAACAGUAAUGCUGGG